UAAGAACAAGGCUAACCAAUCACAUGUUAGAAUUCCUAUGUGAUGUCAUAAGACCUCCCUAGAAUACUUGUUCUCCUCCACCUACUGCAACUAUUCCCAUAAACCUGGGAAAAGAAAACUGCCCAGCAAAGCUCCCAUAAGACUUCAUACAACUUAAUACUCUGCAUUGUGACGAUCACAGAAGCCAAGGUCUCUUAAAAGAAGACAACUCACGUUUGGGUGCCUGUUGCCAACUUUAUCUUCCUCUUGACCACUUAAAGAACUUGACUUCCUACUUUCUAUCUUGCUGGCAUCAUGGAAAAAGUCCAAUACCUCACUCGCUCGGCUAUCAGGAGAGCCUCAACUAUUGAAAUGCCUCAGCAAGCACGUCAGAAUCUCCAGAACCUAUUUAUCAAUUUCUGUCUCAUCUUGAUAUGUCUGCUGCUGAUCUGCAUCAUUGUGAUGCUUCUGUGAAGAGCUAUGCCACCUGCAGACCUGCAACAUGCCAACUCAGCUUACAACCGAGCACGCAGUCAUGGGGGAAGCACCCUUCUCGCUGACAACGUCUUUGUGAAGGUCACGAUUAAGAGUGAAACUAAUUGUUAGCCUGUGUAUUCAUCUGCUGGAUCUUGUAAACAAACUUUACAAUGACUAAGUAUGCAUAAUGUAGCUGCCAAUUUCCUCAACGUGGCUCAUAAAUUUCUUUCCUAAAUAU